CAACGGUAAGCGACCGCCACAGCGCCUCCACCGCUCAGGCCUCGAACAUCCACGGACUCACUUUGCAAGCGACGCCCGGGAUAAGGCGCCCUCAGCCGGGCGGCGGUUUGCAAAUUUAGACCGGGGAUCGAGAGCUAAUGUUCACAAGGAGAAGAAUCACGUGAUGUAUGAAGGCAAACACAUACACUUCUCAGAGGUCGAUAAUAAGCCAUUGUGCUCCUAUAGCCCAAAGCUCUGUAAGCAGCGCCGGCUCAACGGCUACGCAUUCUGCAUUCGCCACGUUCUGGAAGACAAGACUGCUCCUUUCAAGCAAUGUGAAUUUGUAGCCAAGUACAACAGCCAGCGGUGUACAAACCCUAUCCCGAAGUCUGAAGACCGAAGAUACUGCAACAGCCAUCUGCAAGUUCUCGGUUUGGUGCCCAAGAAAGAGCGGAAGAAAAAGAAUGAGCAGCUAGAAGACGUGCGCUCCAGACUGCACCCUGAUGUUACCAUGGCAGUCAGCCUGGCAGUGCCCUCGUUGGCCCUGAAAACAGCAAAUGGUUUGGAUGGACCGACGCGGUCACCACAGAGGCCGCGGCUGUCCCUUCAGUACCUGGACCGCGAGAUUGACGACCCAUUUGCUUUCCCUGACGAUGAUGAUUGUGCGCUGAGGAAAGGAACUGUCAAACGGAAGCUUCAGACCAAACUGGCUCAGAACCGGCAGCAGCAGCAGCAGCGGCUGCUACGAGAGCCUGAUAUUUGCAGACUGCAAUCAGAGCACUUUAUCCCACACCCUGCACCUCCUCAGUCACUCUACCCCAGCACUCCCCCUCUCUCCAGUCCCCCACGACCUGCUGUACUGUCACUGGGCCUGCUAUGCAAACCCCCUUUACCCUCAAGCCCCAGCCUGCCACAAGCGGCAGCCCACGGUACAGUAGCAGCAACGCCUGCCUCACACUCGCCAAACGGAAAGCCCCAUCGGACCGCCUCUCCCCCUCAGCAAACGAAGUCGCCGCCUGUACUACAGCCUGCUGCUGUCCCAUCCCCAGCAGCUACCAAGGCAACAGACACUUCUAGGCCCAAUAUUUUUGUCCUGAAGGCUUCAAGCUCCACACCGGUCUGCAAACAGCACUUAGCCUGUGUGAACAGGCUAAAGAGACUAGCAAAACUGUGUGCUGAGAAGCAACUAUUACAUCGGGAUCUCUUUCCACAUUUAGGACUAGACUGGUCUGAGGACAGCGAGGAAGAAGAAGAGGAAGAUGAACGUGUGCCUCCUUGCCAGUAUGCUUGGACGUUGCGGGACAAGUGGUCAAAUGUUCACCCAGACUCCGAAGAUGAGGCGCGCAGCACGAGAAGCUUGAGAGUGUCCCGGCUCUGCACUUAUCUGCAGCACAGAUACACACAGCUCUGUCACAUGGAGCGAGCAGCAGCACGCCAACAGAGAUGUCGACAUGCCUUCCGAAGGGUCUUACUUCAGGCAGCCAGCAACGAACCUGAUUACGCUGGGCAAUUGCUUCAAGACCUCAGAACAGGACCCUCCACCCAAACCAGCAUGAAGCAGCCAGACCACAGAGUAGUGGAACCCGCACUGUGUACAGGAGCCAUCAAGGGCCAGCAUUGCCCCAACAUGUCUCUUCCAUACACCAGGCAUUGUUUUCAACAUAUCUUGUUGAGUCGCUCUCAGCAGCUGUUUUCAAGCUGCACGGCCAAGUUUGCAGAUGGGCAACAGUGUUCCGUUCCAGUGUUUGACAUCACGCACCAGACACCUCUGUGUGAAGAACAUGCAAAGAAAAUGGAUAAUUUCUUGAGAGGUGACAGUAACCGGAAAAUCCAGCAACAGAGAAAACCCAGGAAGAAAACCAAGCCUCCAGCACUUACCAAAAAACACAAGAAGAAGCGGCGGAGAGGUCCACGGCGGCCUCAGAAACCCAUUCCUCCAGCUGUACCCCAGGGCAAUCUUACCAUGCCUUCCAGUCUUGGCAUAUCAGUCACGGCCUCCCACAUCAGGGAUUCUUCCACCCCAGAACUAAGUGCUGAUGAAAUCCCUGAUGACAUCACCAAUGAGAUUACAGAUAUGCCAAAUGACCUAGAACUAAAUCAAGAAGAGUUGGCAGAAGUUCUUCAGCGAUUGCCUGAUGAUUUGCAGGACUUUGACCUUUUUGAAGGUAAAAACGGCGAGCUGCUACCCACGACGGAGGAGGCAGAGGAACUGGAGCGAGCACUGGAGGCGGUGACCUCGUACACCGCCUCGCUGGAAUGCCUGAGUUCAAUUGGGGAGCUGGCGCACACGGAUGGCGACGGUGACCAGGAGCUGUCAGGCAGAGGGAUGGGCGUAUUUGUGGCCGCUGCCUCAGGGAUCCCGGCCCUGGGAAGAGCAGUUAACAACGAGCUGGGAGACCUCCUGAACGGGCGCCUGUCCACUGAGAACUUCUCAAGCCUGGAGCUAGAUGAGAAUCUCCUACCCCCACCCUCAGCACUGCCCAGCCCGGCUAGUCAGGCGCAGGCCGCCUACACGUCUCCGUCAGCAGCGGGCUUGGCUGCCCUCGGGGAGCGGCUCUACCCACCUGCCCACUUCCACGGGCUACGUGCUGAUGCCAGCCGCGCUUCGCCCCGGGCCCAGGUGCUGGGUAAGGCCGAGGAGCUGCUGACAUCACGACCGCGCUGUGGAAGCGAGCAUUCACGCUCGUCGCCCUAUAGCAGCGAGCAUGCCCCCUCACCAUACAGUGAUCACGUGAGCUCACCACCCCGCCCCCAGUCGUUCCCAGGCGAUGGCCUGAGUGCACCGUUCUCACCUGACGUCACCUCUCUGCUGCCUGCUCACGUCCUGCCGGCUCAACUCGUCAACUCCCGGCCCCAGUGGGGCACCAUCAGCCUGAGCGACCCAGCUACCUUCAGCGGUCUGGUGACGUCCGGGCCUGAGGGCCGCCUCCUCUCCACCUCACUUUCCACCCCUCACUCACCCUCCACCUUCUCCAGUGCCACGGCGCCUGGCAACACCGUGCUCCUCAGCGGUCUGAGCCACGCCAGCUUUGGCGGCAACAACGGCGGAGGAGGUGCAAACCUGGCGCCCUCUUCACCCCCUGAGGUGUCGCCAGCCAACUCGGCAGCCAAGCAGCCACUGCCGCAGUUCAGCGCUGCCUUUGGCCCGCAGCUCGGCUCCCACAGCGGCAUCCCCAAGGACGUUCAGCCCACUCACAGCUCAAUAGCACCCCCCACAGGCUUCUCCGUAACUGUCUCCGCCACCAGCACGAACAAUGCCACGGCUCCGUUCAGCCCCUCACAGUGAAUCUACGCUGGGUCAUCGGGCGAAACAAGACCACCCCUGCCUCCUGCCUUGCAAGUGAGGGUCGACACGUUGCUCUGACUUUUUUGCCCAUACUGGUGUCUUGGAGUUGAAAGAUUAUCAACUAGUUUUAUUGCUUAAAAAACGCCUUCCCGUGUGGCGGUCGAAGGGGUAAAUGUAUCAGGAACCAAACUCUGCGAGAGCGUAAACUUGUGACCAAGCAGAGAUGCCAGUGAUUUCUACCCUUAAUGGUCAACAGAGCAAAAAAUGAUGAGUUAUGCUCAUUGUUGUAUUCAACCUUCCAAAAGGAACAAAAAAAAAUGCCUUUUGUAAAGAUUUUUUUGAACGAUAAACACAGAUCUCUUUGCACACCUGUUCACGUAGUAUACUUCUCUUCCAUACUUAAGUAUUUGAGAAACCUGCCCCUAUCAUUGGCAUCUCUGUGGCAAGCAGCAUUUUAGCAAAUCGGCAGCCAGACCACCUGCAGCAGUUGCCUGUGGCAGAAAUGGCAGGCAGAUUCCAGACUUCUGCCAACUUUUUACCAGAUAUUGCCAUUGCUUACCUGGAUAUUUUGCCAAGCAGCCACUGAGUUCAGGUAACUUUCUUUCCACCUUACUAGGGCCUUGUGUUCUUUUCGAAAAGGGGAUUGGUGACAUUUCUCCCCUUUCCUUUUCAGGGCUAAAAGAGCUUAAUACAUUCAGUUUGAGUAUAUUUUUUAUGUAAAUACAUUAGUACAUUUUAUGAUGACAUUACUUAUCUAUAAAACCAUUAAUGGCACACUGUUAAGUAUCAAACUCAAGGUAGAUGUUUGGCUCAUUGAGGCUUUUUAUAUAAUAAAAUGGACACAUACAUACCACAGAUGUAUACAGACAAACACACAAAGUUGUAGAUCAGGUGCCCAUGGUCUCUGCACAGACAUGCCCCAACACUGCUGUGACAUUCUCAAGCAAGGUGUAGAACUAACUUAUCAUUUUAUUUGGUAAAAUUCGAUCCUGAAACAGUCUAAAUUCUUCUGUGCAUGGACUACUAGCAAGCAAAUCAUUUCACUCAGCAAGGACACCAGGGCAGGUUUUAUGAAUGCCAUGUUUGUAGAAGCUCCAACUCCCAGGCUCAAAGUCAUGAAAAAGAGUUACCUUUGCCAUCUAGCUGAGCAUGGCACCUUUCUUCAACAACACCUUUCACCUUUCCUCUGCAGAUUUCUUUAUGCCUGCCCUUUAUUGAAGUGGCAUACGGACAUUAAGGCAUCAAUUAUUUUUGCUCCAAUUUGUACAUUUUUGUGAGUAGCCAGUCAGAGUUACCCUUCCCAAAACGGCAAGUGCUGCAUCUGGAUUAGACAUAAUCACAAUAUGAGAUGUUCACUGAAGCUUUUGUUGCAUUUUAGUUAGCUGGUAAAAUAACCUUUGGUAUUGGACAGAAACGAUAAUGAGGGUUUUUCUAGGGAUGGUGUGGAGUUAGCUGGGGUGGAUAUAUAUUUCUUCCAUUUCCUGCGACCCUUAAAAGCAGGGCUUUUGAGGUGUCAUCAGAUCCUUAUCUGCUUCAAAGCACAUGGAAUCCAAAUUUGCUCUCAAACCGAUCUGUUACUUUUAAUGUUCUCUGUGGCAAGUUCAUUUGCAGUCUGGGGGUGCUUAUCCCUGGCUUCCAGAAUUUAAUUGUUUAUUCCACUGCCUCAAGACCUGCAAAAACAAACUUGGAUGCAAGUGGCACAAAACAAAGCUAGCUAAAUUGUGCCAUCCACUGCUUUCUGCAAUGCAUCCAGUGUCUUCUAAUGCCAAAUAUGUCAGAUUUUUUGAGAGAAAGUUUAUUUAUGUUAAAGGCUUUGAAUAUGUAUAAAAUAUAUUCAGUGGACUAUAUGCGUGUGCAUCUUGUAGAGUUUUUAAAUGGUAUACUACAAUAGGGUUACCCCAGUUUUAACACCUUAAGUUAAUCACAUGUACACACACACAAACACACACAAUAUUGUAUAUAAUAUAUAUUGUAUCUAUUUACAAACUCCAAUGCCAUCUCCUUCCUUGAUUGCAACACAUCUAAAUUAAUUUCUGCAGCUCCUCUGUUAAACCCUGUUUGUUACUACACCAUCCAAUUCCCAAAGCAUUGUUCCCUUGCAAAUUUCCUGCUCUCUCAGAAUUUCCCAUCCACUUAAAAAGUAGAGAUUGAAAGAGCAGGGAAGAGUUUCAUUGAAACUUCUGAAUUGAGGAGCCAUCUCCAAUGCAUCUUGGAGAAGGUGUGCAGGAUUCCAAGUUGGCGGUUAUUUUUUUUAAUAAAGGUGACUUUGCAGCACAUCCUAUAACAGAUCUGUGCCAAAUACGUCUUGUGGAAGGGAUAUAUAAACAGAUCAUGCAUUUCCAAUAUUCAGUUUUAAUUUAAAUACCCAAAUUUAGUUAAACCCGAUGCUCUCUCUCAUCAUGAAAUAUGCAUUCUCAUUAUACUUUAGUUGUUUACCUAAUUGAUUGCCAUAAUGAAGUGCUUUAUUAUUGUGUGUUGGUUUAAAUCAAGUGAGAUCUAGUUUAAUAUUGCUUUGUGUCAGAUUUGGUUAGAGGGGAAGGAAGCAGUGAAUUUUCACUGUUGCGCUAUAGUGGGACUAGCUCUGUACAAGUGGUCCAGUUGCCUAGUAGGAGGAGAAAAUUAUGGGGGCUUUUUUGCUGUCUGUUUCACGUGAAUGGACGUCUUAAAGCUUGUGAAGUAGAGCAAGUGUGGAAAAGAAUCACGUUUGUAAUUCUGGCUAACUGGUUUUACAUUCCAGUUUGUUCUAGACAUGGUAUUCCUGUUGGAGUUGUGGCUGAGGGACUGGUGUGUGUGUUUAUAAGACCAUAAGAGAGAGAAGCAGAAUUGGGCCAUUCAGCCCAUCGAGUCUGCUCCACCAUUCCAUCAUGGCUGAUUUAUUAUCCACAUCAACCCAUUCUCCUGCCUUUUCCCCAUAGUCAUGAUGCCCUGACCAAUCAAGAAUGUAUCAACAUCUGUUUUAAAUGAUUUGGCCACUACAUCCAUCUGUGGCAAUGAAUUCCUCAGAUUCAUCACCCUCUGCUAAAGAAAUUCCUUUUCAUCUCUGUCCUAAAUGGAUGUCCCUCUAUUCUGAGGCUAUGCCCUCGGGUCCUAGACUCACUUACUGUUGCAAACGUCCUUUCCGCUUCCACUUUAUCUCGGCCUUUCAAUAUUCAAUUAGGUCCUCUGUCAUUCUUCUAAACUCCAGAGAGUGCAGGCGCAGAGCCAUCAAACGCUCAUCAUAUGGUAACCCUUUCAUUCCCAGAAUAAUUUUUGUGAACCUCCUCUGGACCCUCUCCAAUGCCAGCAUAUACGUUUGUAUUUUCUUAGAUAAAUGGGCCCAAAACUACUCAUAAUACUCCAAGUGCAGUCUGACCAAAGCCUUAUAAAGCCUCAGCAUUGUAUCCUUUUAUAUUCUAGUCCUCUCAAAAUGAAUGCUAACAUUGCAUUUGCCUUCCUUACCACCAACUCAACCUGCAAGUUAACCUUUAGAGAAUCCUGCCCAAGGAUUCCCAAGUGGGUUAUUGCCAGCAAGCAACUGAGUAAUUAUCUCCAAGCAGGGAGCCAUUUCAUCAGAACCCUUUCUAACAAUUCUGACAAAAAUAAACAGGUCAUAAGCUUCCUCCUCAAAUUCUGUUGGUGCAUUUCUUACCACUAACCUACUGCUUUGACUCUGGUUGCUACUUAACCCCAAUCUGUAACCACAUGUCUAUCACUCUCUAAUCUGUGCCUCCUCCUCUGACCCUUUGGUCUGUAAGCUUCUCCUUUCCUGAACAACACCCCCCCCCACCCAUCCCCGGGUGUAUUUAUGCAUCUCUUCAAUCAACCCUCCUCCUUCCCCAUUCUGUUAAUAUUAUUGUCUUCACUCUUUGGCCUGUGUGUUUCUCCAUCCUAUCUCCUGGUAUGUGUAUUUGGGUGUGGAUUACUUCUGGGCUAUUCUAUCCAUUAUGAUGGAAUAUUAUGCUUUCAUUAAAUUCCAUGUGUUUUGGUAAGACCACCACAUAGCUAUAGAAUUAGGGUGCCCUUGAUUUUCAGCCUACUAGACUAGGAAACUGCUGCUAUGACAUAGGUUGGAAUUGUGCUUUGAAUCUUAAUUCUGUGCAGCCUAUUAUUGGGAUCAUCAGCUAAUUGUGCAAUGUGUUAAUAUGUUGGGACCAAGCCACCCCACCAUCCCUACAAUGAAGUUCUUGGGCAAUAGUCCCACUCUUCCAGUUACUUGUCAGUGACCCUUCUCUAAAAAUUUUCAGAUUAUCUUUGAAUAAACUACAAUCUUAAAUUAUUCCAUAGCAUCUUAUCCUGACCUCUAGAGGAGCUCAUUUUGGUUUGUGUUUUGCUUCCUUGGUAGCUUAAAAGAAAGAAGUUAUCCCUGGCUUUUUCUUAAUCAUUUUAUUAAAAUAAACACACACUUGCUUUACUAUUUCAGUUUCUAUAACUGUGGAGCUGAAUUUCAUGUCUCUGAGAGAGGAAAUAUUUGGUUCUUGUUUCUUGUUGCACUGAAGUAAGGGUAUUCUUUCAGUGGUGUUACCUGACACAGGUCACGGUCCUUCCUCCAACAUUAAUUGUGUUCAAAUCAUUUAGUUUCUACUUUUGUUGUCCAGUUCCACUGGAAUGGUUUCCUGGCUACUGCUUAGCCUUUAAGGGUAGUAAACUGUGCAGCUUUGCCCCAGAUGCAUUCACUGAACAUUUGUCUUGUUCAUUAUUUAGCAGCACAGGUCCUGUCAGAUUGGAAGCUGUUUGCAAAAUGAGAGGGAGAGAUCUUUUGACAGAAGCUGUGAUUGGCCUGUGUGCGCAUCCUCGAUGCUGAUACAAGCAAAAGGUUUACUCAAAUGUCCAAGAGAUGUGCUUUGGUCUGACAGACACACUUGCCUAUGGUGUUUAAUAUCAGAGGUAAGAAUGUGAGGAUUAAAGAGUUACACAUGUGCCACACUAUGCUGUAGCAUUGUACCACUGUGCUUUCACCUUCAGGCUUAUGGAAAGAAGUUGGAUGAGUAGACUUUACUUGCUUUAAGCAGAAAUGAUGCUGUAUUGAACUACAUUUAAUAUGGAAAUUAUAGCAACUCUCAUCCAGAUUUCUAACUGUUGAAAUACAUGUUAGUGCCCUAAACAGCUUUCAUUGUAUGAAGUUCAGCUUAUUUUCCCAUUUUAAGCAUUGGUCCUUCUGCUUUGUUCUGCCCACCUCCAUGAUCAGCUUGCAGAGUUUUCAGAAAGCUCAGUGGGCCUUAUGUUCCCUCUGUUUGCUCAGUUAAUGUUGCUGAAGUGGUCCCAGAUGUUACCAAAAGCUCCUAACACCUGACUCCCUGCUUUGGUUGAAUUGAUAUAUGGCAUUUAAGGGAAUGAUUUAGUUCAAAGAGCUGUGGGGAAGUGCUGUGUCACAAGGUUAACUCAUAUCGCCUGCACCUUUAAGAUGGAGCACCCCAAUGGAUUUGUAAACAAGGCCAGAGUUAUUUUUUGCUCAGACUGAACUAUUCACAAGACCUUUCCUGAUAUCAACAAGUGGGUCUGAUAUCAGCUUCCCUUUUACCAGUCAGUUCCCUUUUUGUUAAGGAUUACCAUCAAACUUGAAAUUUUGCUGCAUGUUUACCUUACCUAUCCUCAUUAGCAUCUUCCAGUUUUAUUUGCCUUGUACCCAAUACCCAUUGCCUGCCAAUAAGUAGUAGUUUCACUUGCCCAGUUGGCAUAACUUGGAUGCUCUGUUUUCCCUUUGAUCAGUAGGUUCCAGGCACAAACUGGCAAAACUCGGCUGAAUAAUUUCCUCCCAGCAUUCUAGUAUAAAACCACAUGUUGGGUCAGAGAACAUUACACCAAGCCAGCUCCUAGCUUGGCUACAUAUUCUCAAGGGAUUCUACAGGUGCCAGAGGAACUCAGCAGGUCAGGCAGUAUCUAUGGACUUCAUCAGGCCAGUCCUAAUGAAGGGUCUCUGCCUGAAAUAUUAGCUGUUCAUUUCCCUCCAUAGAUGCUGCCCGAUCUGCUGAAUUACUCCAGGAUUUUGUGUGUGUGUGUUUGUUGGUCACAUAUUGGUUUGCAUUGAACAGCUAGGAAAAAAACUGUGUUGGAUGAUUUUGAGCACCUGGUGUUUUGUUCCACCAGAUAUGAAAGGCCAAGAAUAAAAUCUUAGCCAAAUUGGAGUGAUUUAUUUAUAAAUAUAUUAUAAGCAAUGAGCUUUGAAUUAUUAGCAACUAGUGUGAAUCAUUUGAAGUACACGACAAGGCCAUUCAGAUGUUGGAAUGGAGAGGGUAAUCCCAGCAGUUAACACAAAAUUCUGGAACUGAAUUCCCAAACACAUGCUACCCAAAGAAGUGAAUUGAAGAACUUCAUAGGAAAAAAGCCAUACUGAGUUUCAGUCAACACUUGAUCAGAUAAUAACUUUUACCAUCCAUCGUUGGAAAGGAUCUUUAUAUUAAUUGCAGGACUCAGCACUACAAUGAUUUGUCCUUUCAGUUGUUAUUUUUUCAAGCAUGAUUGUUAUAAUCUCAGGCUUGUCAAAACACAAUGACUUGUGUUUUUGUGCACAUAACUGUUUUCAGUCUUGUUUGUAGUGCAGACUGAGCAGAUUUGUGACAAGGAAUAUUUAAUAUUGGGAUGAACUGUAGAGAUGGUAGAUAGUGAGCAGGGGGUUAGCUAGUAACUCUUCACCUUUAGGACAGGAUCACACUUCAUUCAGAUAAAGACCCCCUCUAUAAGGUGCUUGGUGUUUACAGUGAGCUUAAAACAACUUGGCUUAAGAUCAAACUCGGUGAGAUGAAAGCCCUACUUGAUAUGUCAGUGAUGAUAAAUCUGGUUCUGAUUGUAGUUUGGUCUACUUUCCAAAGACAGACAAAGCCACCCCCACAAUCUCUGAACAAGAAUGUCCCAUCAGGAUGUAGCAGGCUUAUAAAUAUUUAUAAACAGUAUGAGCAAAGGUUAGUAACACGUGAAACACUUUUAAUAGUAAUACAAAUGCACUAUUGAGUUGCAAUCCAGCAUUUGAACCAUACUACACCAUACUCUGAUCAGGCAAUAAUCUUCAGAUCAAGGUAAGUUUGACUCAAUAUUUAAUUGAGACUUAAUAUUUUAAAAGGAACUUCUACCCUGCCGUGUAAAAGGAAAGAAAUGCAGAUACAUUGAAUGUUGACUGCAUUUAACAAGCAGCUGAUCACGGAGACAUGGGUCAUUGUGUGACUGUAACGUAGCCUGAUUUUUGCGGCAUACUGAUUGACUUGAGGAUUUACUGCUGUCAUAAGCCCAUCACUUCUUGUGAGUAUGACUUACUUUUCCAGUGGACUGGAUGGCCCUGCUGUUUUUAUUGGAACAAAUUUGGACCCGGAUAGUGUAUACAGAUUGGCUCACAGUUGUCACUUGUCUCUGACAAGUUUGUAUGGUGUAACUUUGAAAUAGGAACUGAAUGAACACAAACUAUAAUGUUCUAAAGGUAAAUACUAAGUUGAUAAAUUUCUAUUUUAAUACUUCCAGCUCUUGGACCAGGUGUCAAGUCACAGGUUGUCAGAGUGCUUUUGGUUCUUUUAGGCAUCACAAUAUAUAUGGCAAAAGAGAGUAAAUGUUAGUAGCAGUGUGUCAGCUGCAGGUUGACAAUAGAAUUUACAAUAAAAGAUCUAUUUUCUAUCGGAGUCUACUUUAACAGAGGCAAUAUGAACUGCAGUAAUUAGAGCUACAGCAAAGUUUCACAACAAAUGUAGAGUUAUUUCUCUAGCAACAUACAGUGAGUGGAGUACAUACAGUAGUUUCAUAUCAAUGUAUGUGAUGUCAGUCAAAUCACCUACUGUAGUGUCUCCAAGCAUAGGUGACAAGGAAAUUAGUCUCACAUCUUUACUCUGCCCCAGACUUGCGUUAUUACUAUUGCAGUGUUUUAUUAAUCUACAUAAGGGCAAUCUUCAUUUUGUUCAUAACCUGAAUGGGAUGACCUGGUAAUUUAUCCUUUUAUUGACAGUGAAAGUCAUUGCUUUCUCUAAUUGUAUAUUUAUUGAUUUCUCAAUGAAACCCUUUUUAGAACUUUAAAAAAGUUCAAAGCAAGUGAUGCUGAGUGAUAGAUUCUUAAUUUUCAUACAUAUAUAUAUAUAUAAAAAAUUUAUAAUAUCUUAUUUCUUAUUAGGAGGAAAAGGUGAAGGCCUGUAUGUUAAGCUUGUAUAUUGAGCGUAAACAUAAAGCCAUCCUGACAUUUUCCUCUUAUGUUCUCAGGUUUAAUAUAUUAAAAAAAUAUAGGCAGGGAGGAGAGAAUGGAAGACAGUUAGCAAUGAGAGAAUUAUUUUUAAUUCCACUUUUAUUAGAAUUUUGCAGGAGCUAAAUGCCUAACAUCCAGAGAUGGUCUGUUUAAAAAGCAGCAGGAACAGAACAAGAACAUAGAAGCUGAUUUCUUAUGGAUGUGUAGAUUGUGGGAUUUCUCUUGUAAAGUGCCACACUUUUGGCACAAUAGUUGCCAGCUUCUCUUGUUGUUUUACUAUCUUAAACUGAGGCAGCAAUGGUUAUUAUGGAUAAGCUAUAGAGACCAAGUUAGAAGCACAAGUAGCCUGUGUUUUAUAUCACUUUCCCAACCAUGCACUGUACUUGGUGGGAAUACUGUCUGCUCAGUAAGUCACAGGUAUGGGAAUACUUGUGCACAGCUCUGUGAAACUUCCAGUGAUGUUUUUGUGAUUUAAGGGCAUGUAGUGGCAAUAACACAAGUUGUAUUUUAUAUAAAGUUGUGCAUAUAAUUUUUAAAACAAUAAACUUACAACUCACUAGAAGUAGAUUUAACCAAACUCUAGAAAUGUGUGUAUGCAGUUUAAUUUGAGAGGCCUGGAUUGUGUUACCUUUACCUCUUUCUCAAGCCCUUUUCCUUUACUAACCCUAUAAUAUUAGAGGUCUCAUCAGGGUUUGAAAAUGUCGCCCCUGAGCAGGAUUAUAUUAAGGUGGAGACCCACUACUUGUAAUCUCACUGUGUGUCUUCCUAUCUUGACCUUUGAAUGAGGUAUGGUGUCAUCACUGUGUGUGUGUGUGUGUGUGUGUGUGUUUUUGUUUGUUUGUAUAUACAGGUGUGCAUAUCCAUACAGAUGAAAGAACUCCCUCCAUUUAUAUCCUGGGCCCCACUGCCUCUUAAUUCAAUGUCCAGAACUAGGUUCUUCCAUGAAUUAGGGAGAAUCCUUAUGGAUCCAUGGAAAUUGCAUCAUAUUUUGUAGUUUCACUACUGUACGAGAGUAAUGUCCCUAAAGGCAAGCCUGUGCAUAUAAAUUGGAUGUGACUCAUGCUGGACAUGUGUUUUUUAAGAUUAGCUGGUCAAGCAACAAAGGCAUCAGUAAAGCUUUUACUGUAUCAACUCAAACAAAAUUUAGUGUUUCUAAUUUUUAAAUGGAACUUAUAACUAAUCCCCCAAAGUAAACUUCAUAAAGAAGAGCUUUUGAGGUGAGCUGUGGAACAUGGAUAACAGUUGUUAAUCCAUAAUCCAUAGUUUUCUAAACUGAAUUCCUGGAGCGAAAAAAAGAUCUCACUAGGGUUAUCAGCCAGUUAGCUCUAAUCAGACAAACAUUCAAAAAAAUCCAACUUAAAUCUUUGCAGCAACUUUUGGAUUCCGUGCACCUUCUGUCCUUUGGAUGUCAGGGACCUGUGCAGGAGUCAAAAAAAACAACAUAUUGUGCUAAAAUAAUCUGAACAAGAACAGGAACUGUUGGAAGUAUUCAAACCCCAGUUAGACUGAGAAUAGUUCCCAUCCUGCCACCUUGUGAAGGUCCUCAAUAACUGAUGCAGGCAGAUUUCCAUGUGCUUCUAUCAAUUAUCUCAAAGCACUUAAUUGUAUUUUCAAUUUUUCAAAACAAAUGUGGGAAAACAUCAUUAAAAAUGAUGGUGAUCCCUCAUUCCUCUGAAGGAAUGACAUUUCAAAUGAGUUGUGUUAACGGAUUGGUGAUUACAGGUUUCAUUUGAUGCAUCGUGCUCUCUUAUGCCUCUUAUUGUGCAUUUAAAAGGGCAAUAUUCUUUGAAAGCACUCAACAUCCCUAGGACACAUUGUAGUUCUGGCUGGGAUAGAAGAAAAUAAAAUAUUUUAAAUCACUAAUAUUUCAGUGAGUAGCGUAUCCAAAAGAAAAUUCCUAUUCCACCAUCCUGCCCUGACUGUACCUGGUAUUUGCCACAAAGUGCCCAGUUUUAAAUCUCAUCUGCUCACAUUAUUGUUAUCCCAGCUCCACGAAUGGUUUAUAUCAGGGACUUUAUGGCAAAAGAAUACAGCACGUGGAAAAAUACAACAGUCCUACAAACUGAUUCAGCAUACAAAAACAGAAGAGGUGGCUCCAAUUUCUUAUACUCAAUGAAUGUACUGUAUUUCUGUUUUUAAAUGAUAGGGCGAGCUAAUAAUUAAAUUAGUCACCUUUUGUUAUUGUCCUUGUUUAAUUUGUUUAAGGUAUUUUUUGUAUACAAAAGUUUACAUUUUUUAUGUAUAUUUUUCUGUGUACAAACUAUGUAAUAUGUGUAUAAACACUGUAUGUAAUAUCUGUAUAUAGUGUGAUAAAUGAUCUUUGUUUGAAUGUAUAAAUAAAAACUUGCU